AUGACCAAAGAACAGAGGGAAAAGUUUAUCGACGAAAACAUCAUUUCAGUGGACAUCUAUUUUGAAGAUCUGAGUGUUGAGAUCACUGAGCAAAAACCCGUUUUUGAAACCUGGGCUUUGAUUGGAAACUUAGAAGGUACUUUUGGUCUUUUCCUUGGAAUGAGUUUCCUAACUCUCCUAGAGUUUUUCGAUUUUGUCUUCAGGAAAAUUUUGCACUUGUUCAAAGCAACAAAACACGAGAAAAGUAUAGCAUCUGAUGUAAAGCAUUAGAUAAUAAUAAUAAUAAUAAUAAUAAUAAUAAUAAUUAUUAUUAUUAUUAGAUAAACCACAAGUGGUGCUGUUCGAUGUCAUACUGACGUUCGCUCUUAUGUGCAAGCUGUG